GAACAGAAGCUUCUCCAAGAAGAGUCACCCUUUCCUGCCUAAAAUAUUUAGGAAAAUGUCUACUCAGUCGGUGAAGGAGAGACCUGAGAGUUUGCAGUUCCCAUUCCUGGACGAUGAAGACACCAUCUCCACACUCAAAGAAUCCAAAACCUUUUUCAUCCUCCGGGGCCUGCCUGGCAGUGGGAAGUCCACCCUGGCCCAGGCCAUCCACGACCGGUACAAAGAUGCCUGCAGGGUCAUCUCUGUCGACCACUAUAAAAUCACCCCGUCGAUAAGAAGCUCCGUUCCUGAUGAGUACUCCAAGGUGGACGAGGAUCUAGUUGACUAUUGCAAACGGGAGAUCAGCGUCAUCGUUUUGGAUGACACUCACCACGAGCGGGAACGGCUGGACCAGCUCUUUGACAUUGCUGACAAGUACAGGUACAAAGUCAUCUUCGCCGAGCCCAAAACGCCGUGGCGCAUGGAUUGUCUCCAGCUGAAGGACAAGAACCAGUGGAAACUGUCUGCGGAGGAGCUGAAGAAGAUGAAGCCAAGCUUGGAGAAGGAAUUCCUCCCCAUGUAUUUUGGGUGGUUUUUGAGCAAAAGAAGUUCAGAGACCCUGAGGAAAGCUGGCCAGGCCUUCUUGGAUGAGCUUGGGAGCCUCAAAGCCUUCAAAAAGGAGAGUAAAUACUUUUCUCCUGCUGUUGAAGAUCCCAAAAUGAAAAUAGAUCUCACCAGCUACUUUGUGAAGAGGCCACCUGGGGUCCUGCACUGCACCACGAAAUACACCGAGUUCGGGAAAGCAGCUGGCGCAGAGGAAAUGACUAAAGCUGUGAAGGCUUCCUAUGGCAAAGGCUUCACCCUCUCCAUCUCGGCACUGUUCAUCACCACAAAGACUGUCGGGGCUCGCAUCGAGCUGAGCGAGCAGCAGCUGCUGCUCUGGCCUGGGGAUGCUGACAAGAUCCUGCCCACGGACAACUUCCCGCGGGGCAGCCGCGCGCACAUCACCCUUGGCUGCGCCAACGGCAUCGAAGCUGUCCAGACUGGGCUCGAUCUGCUGGAGUUCGUCAAGCUGGAAAAGGCAGGGAACAAAGGGGAGCAAGUGGGGGAAAUCGGAGGAGGGAAACUGCUGUAUUUUGAUAAGGGCAUGUGGAUGCUUGUGCUCUCUAAAAAGAUCGAUGUAAGGGCAAUAUUCUCGGGAUACUACGGGAAGGGAAAACUUGUGCCGACGCAGAGCAGCAACAAACGAGGCUCUGCCUUUAGCUCCUGCACCAUCAUCUAGGAGUAGGGCAGGGCCUCGGUUUGGUUUGAAAGGCAAGUAACUUCCAUAACCUUAAAAGUGUAAAGAGAAAUAAUUCUACCUUUACUAAAGUCAACCCUUUGCCCACCCCAGUGUAAAGCCUCUGGGGAGAGUUAUCAGCCUCGGGACAAGGAAGGAAACAAGCAACACCUGACUGAAACUGUCACAGAUUUUAAUGGGAGGGUUUUGGAGGGAACCAGCCAGGG